AGGACCAGAACAACAAGGCUGUGCGUCUCGUGUCACCGACAAAUCCAACGGUCACCAUUUCGAUGUGAAUUAAACACACUCAUGUAAAGCGUGAAGCAUAUACGUCUCUCUCCAAAUGGUGCACGUCGUUUCAUCAAUGAGAUUAACCCUGCAGAUACCACGUGUCCAACUCAUAAAUCACAGACUAGGAGAACAGUAGUCACCCUAUCCUGUAGCAGCUUUUAAUGGACGAAUUUAUCUGUCAAAGUUAACACUUGUAACUCUUAGAUUGCAUAUUACUAAUAAAAUAAGUUAUUGUGGAGGUGAUAAAGGGUCCUGGAAACUUGGCUUGGUGGCACGUGUGAUGUUUCCGUUGCGUGCUUGAGGCGGUUUCGUACAUUUUGGGCGGCUUUAUGUAUUAAAGCAAGCUGAUUUUUAUUUUACUGACGCACCAACAGAACUAAAACAGAGGAAGUGUAGUUUUUGAGCUUGAAUUUUGGAGGAGAGGAUAAGAGCUAGUAACAAUAUGGAGAAGAAUGAAGUUUUGCCUUUGGAGCUUCCUGCACCUCCGUCUUGGAAGAAAUUGGUCAUGCCGAAGAAAGUGGGUAAAAUAAAGAAGAAUGAGGUUGUAUUUGUUGCUUCAACAGGAGAGGAGAUCAGGAAUCGCAGGCAGUUGGUGAAGUACCUGAAAACACACGAUGGUAAUCCUGGUAUAUCAGAAUUUGAUUGGACUACUGGUGAGGCUCCGAGAAGAUCAGCACGUAUCCUUGAGAAGGUUAAGGCAAUGCCACCUCCAGCAUUGCUUGAGCCGACAAAGAAACGACGCCGUACAUCCUCGGAUGCAAAUAAAGCUAAAGAAACAGAUGUUGCAAAUGUAGAGAAGGAAAACUUUGACAAGAUAGAUAUGGAAUCUGGCAAAGAAGAAAGGGAAAGCUUAGAGGAGGAGAAUGUAGUAGAAAAUGAAAUGGAGGAUAACGAGAAGGACGACAUGGGGGUUGAUAAGGAAGAUAUAGAUCAAAAAAAAGAAGAGGAAAUGUCUGAUAGAGUUAUUUCAGAGAAGAAAACUCAGGCCAGUGAUGACACUCAGAUUCGCGAUGGAGGUAAAAUGGCUGAAAAUGGUACAGAGGAGACCAUCGCAAUGGAUGCCAAGGUCCAGAAAGAUUCCAUGGACAAGGAUAAAAUGGAGGACAAGGAGAAGGAUGAGAUGGGGGCUAAUAGGGAAGAUACAGAGCACAACAAAAAAGAGAAAAUGUCUGAUAGAGAGGUUAAAAUCCAGGCCAGUGAUGACUGUCAGGUUGAGGAUGGAGGUAAAAUGGCUGAAAAUUAUAUAGAGGAGACCAUCGCAAUUGAUGCCAACGUCCACAAUGAUCCCAUGGACAAGGACAAUUUCCAGGGAGUGGUUUCAAAUGCUGCAAUUGGAGAAACAAAGGCUGCUGAAGCAGGAACAGAAGUCGAGGAUAAACGGGGAUAUGGAGAAAAUUUACACUCCCAGAUUGCCAUAGACAGCAGUGCAGAUGAUAUGACUCAAGAUAUUCCUGUCUCGGGAAGUGAGACGUGCAACAUUCAGGACCCUGCAUUUGUUGGGAAAACUAGUGAUUUCUGCGAGAACCUUGGAGAGCAUAGGUCGCUGGAAGAAGAGAAAAAUAAGAAUAGGGCUGAUCAUGUAAUGGAUAAUGGCAAGAUUAACCAACCAGAGCGGGCACAUACCCCACAGCAUCAAUCUGCUGCUCCUAUUAGUUGUUGAGUGUAGCCAUCUAAGCUAAAUAAAGUAAAUUACGCCUUCGCCCAGUGCAUGUUUUCAUCCGUCUCACUGGGAUUUGCUUGGACGAUUGCAGUAGUAUGUUUAUUAGUUUAGGAUUAAGCUUUUUAGGGGGUCAACUUUGCUGAUCUUUCUGUGACAUUGCAUCUGUGAUCUGCGCUUUGUGAUAUAUUAUGGUGUUCUAUUCUCUUACUAA